AUGGUUGAAGCCGACCGUCCAGGGAAGCUCUUCAUCGGGGGUCUCAACCUCGAAACCGACGAGAAGGGCCUCGAAACCGCUUUCGGCAAGUAUGGCCGCAUCAUCGAGGUGCUCCUGAUGAAGGACCGGGAAACCUCCAAGUCCAGAGGCUUCGCGUUCGUCACCUUCGAGAACCCCGCGGACGCCAAGGCCGCAGCCCGAGACAUGAACGGCAAGUCCCUGGAUGGUAAGGCCAUCAAGGUGGCCCAGGCCACCAAGCCGGUGUUCGAGAGCGGCCGGCGCGGGCCCCCUCCUCCCCGAAGCCGCGGCCGCCCGAGGGGCCUGCGCGGGACCCGCGGCGGCGGCCCGAGGCGCCCUCCCUCCCGGGGCGGGUCGGCCGACGAAGGCGGCUACUCGGGGGAUUUCGACCUGCGGCCUUCGCGGGCCCCCAUGCCACUGAAGCGCGGACCACCGCCGCGCCGGGCCGGGCCUCCGCCCAAGAGAGCAGCGCCGUCGGGCCCGGCGCGCAGCGGCGCGGGAAUUCGCGGGCGGGCGGCGGGCUCCCGGGGACGAGACGGCUACGGAGGCCCGCCGCGCCGGGAGCUGCCACCGCCGCGCCGCGACCCGUACCUGGGCCCGCGCGACGAGGGCUACUCGCCCCGGGAGAGCUAUUCGAGCCGCGACUACCCGAGCGCCCGGGACCCGCGCGACUUCGCGCCGUCGCCCCGCGACUACACCUACCGCGACUAUGGCCACUCGAGCGCGCGAGACGAAUGCCCUUCCAGGGGCUACUGCGAGCGCGACGGCUACGGGGGCCGCGAGCGCGACUACGAGCACCCUAGCGGAGGCUCCUACCGCGACCCCUUCGACAGCUACGGGGACCCGCGUGGAGCCGGCCCUGCCCGAGGUCCGCCGCCAUCUUACGGCGGGGGCCGCUACGAAGAGUACCGGGGAUGCUCGCCCGACGGCUACGGCGGCCGCGACAGCUACCGCAGCGAGCGCUACUCGAGUGGCCGCGAGCGCGUGGGUAGACCGGAGCGCGGGCUGCCGCCGUCUGUAGAACGAAGCUGCCCGACGCCGCGCGAUUCCUACAGCCGCUCGGGCCGCCGGGCGCCCCCGAGGGGCGGAGGCCGCGUGGGAAGCCGCCUGGAGCGAGGGGGAGGCCGGAGCAGGUACUGA